AAGAAUAACAAAAUGACACCAAACUCUUUUGAUGUUUUUUUUAAAUAUGAAACUUAAUAUAGUUCUCAGGAGUUGUGUAUUAUCACCCAAACACUUCAGUAUUUUGUGGUAUUUUCUAAGAUUCACAAGCGUCAUGGUACUUGUGUCCAAACUUAUGGCCAUGGCUGUACUGCUGUCCAAAAUAUCAUUCAAAGAUUUCCAGUCAUGAAGUGGCGCGUUCAUGAAUAAGAGGUGGGAGGCAGAGAAGAAGUGGGAGUAGCCACUUAUCCAGGGCCUCCUCCAUUUUACAGCACAAUAGGGCACAAAGUGGUUCACCCCAGCACUUCCCCUUUUUUGCCACGUGGUAUGUUCCAACCCAGUAUUUAAAUCCGGGAGCUUGAAGGCUGUGCUGUUCAUGCUCUGAAAACCGGCGUAAUCCAGGAAGCAGCUGAGACACAGAGGCACAGAAUCAGGGGAAAGAGGGGGAAAAAAACUGUCUCAGCAGCCCAUUGGAAGUGACGACAGUUACAACAGGAGAAGCAAAAGGAAGACAGAAGGAGGGAUAUUGUGUGAUCCCGGUGUUAGAGCAGCUUGUGUUUUGAAGAGAGCAUAUGCUGUGUCGCUCUUCUCUCUAUUUGCUGUCAUUCUCUCUCUUCCUCUGUACCAGCGGGGGAGGGUACAUCGGCCGUCCCAGGCCUAGUUAUAUGUCCCAGCAUCCCGAAAGAGCUCAGACAAGGCCACUGCGACCAUAACGGAGACUGUGAGAACAGGACAAGACAGGGAGAUAGAGACCUCGCUGGUGUUUCUGGACCCAAACCUCUCAAGCCCCAGCGCUCCCUUCCUGGGACGCCCGUUUCUCUCACACACUACCCGAUCGACCUGCGGACAUCCAUGGAGGAGAAGUACAAAGAAAUUGCAGAGGAGCUGUUCACUCUCAGCAUGACAGAGAGCGAGAUGCGAAGCGCUCCUUACGAGUUCCCAGAGGACAGCCCCAUCGAGCAGCUGGAAGAGCGACGGCACCGCCUCGAGAGGCAAAUCAGUCAGGACAUUAAGCUUGAGCCAGAGAUCUUGCUGCGCGCCAAACAAGACUUCUUGAAAAUCGACAGUGCUGCAGACCUAGAGUUAAUGAAGGAUAAGAGUGUGGACACUGUUGACGAUGCCUUUAAGGAGAGGGAAAUGCCGAUGGAGAGAGAGUACCAGCGGGUCUCAAUAUCUGGAGAGGAGAAGUGUGGGGUGCCCUUCACUGACCUGGUAGAUGCUGCUAAGUGUGUGGUGAAGGCGUUAUUCAUCAGGGAGAAGUACAUUAACCGAUCCAUGCAGAAUUUUUGUAAGACCACAGCUCACGCCUUGCAGGACCUUGGAAUGAAGACUGUGGAUGUGAGAGUAUAUGAUGAUAUACCAGAGACCCCAGUCGAUGCCGAUGCCCCUGUUCACCCACCGGUUUCAGAAACGCACCCUUAUGAUAAUCAGGACCCUAAGAAUAUGCCUGCAGACACUGGAUAUGGAUGCAAGAUGGUGGAUGGAGUAUUUCAUGUCUACACCAAGAAAACCAACAUGGACAAAAGCUCAGAACUGGACCUACUGUACCCUGACCUGAAGGAGUAUAUUGCAGACAUGAAUGUGAUGAUGUCCCUCAUUAUCAACGGCCCAGUGAAAUCUUUCUGCUACCGUCGCCUGCAGUAUCUAAGCUCUAAAUUUCAGAUGCACAUCCUCCUGAAUGAGAUGAAGGAGCUCGCAGCUCAGAAGAAGGUUCCUCACAGAGACUUCUACAACAUCAGAAAGGUGGACACUCACAUACAUGCAUCAUCUUGCAUGAACCAAAAGCACCUGCUGCGAUUCAUCAAGAGAGCCAUGAAGAAAUACCCCGAGGAGAUCGUUCACAUCGAGCGUGGCCGUGGUCAGACCCUCAAGGAGGUUUUUGAGACCAUGAACCUGACAGCCUUUGACCUGAGUGUGGACACCCUUGACAUGCAUGCGGACCGCAACACGUUUCACCGCUUUGACAAGUUCAAUGCCAAGUACAACCCCAUUGGAGAAUCCAUCCUCAGAGAAAUCUUCAUCAAGACUGACAACCACAUUGAAGGAAAAUACUUUGCACAUAUAGUAAAGGAGGUGAUGGCCGACCUGGAGGAGAGUAAGUACCAGAACUCUGAGCUGCGUCUGUCCAUCUAUGGACGCUCCCGAGACGAGUGGGACAAGCUGGCUCAGUGGGCCGUCAAACACCGAGUGUACUCUGAUAACGUGCGCUGGCUUGUCCAGGUGCCCCGUCUGUUUGAUGUGUACCACACAAAGAAGCAGCUGGCAAAUUUCCAGGAGAUGUUGGAGAAUAUCUUUAUGCCUCUGUUUGAAGUCUCCAUCGACCCCCGCAGUCAUCCCGAGCUGCAUCUCUUCCUGGAACAUGUGGUGGGCUUUGACAGCGUGGACGAUGAGUCCAAACCCGAGCACCACAUUUUCAAUCUCGACAGUCCGUUGCCAGCCAACUGGACAGAAGAAGACAACCCGCCCUACUCCUACUACCUCUACUACACCUAUGCCAACAUGACUGUGCUCAACCACCUGCGAAGGCGGCGAGGUUUCCAUACGUUUGUGCUGCGACCGCACUGCGGGGAAGCGGGGCCGAUCCACCACCUGGUGUCAGGUUUCAUGUUGUCAGAAAACAUCUCCCAUGGGCUGCUGCUCAGAAAGGCCCCUGUGCUGCAGUAUCUUUACUACCUGGCUCAGGUUGGCAUCGCCAUGUCGCCUCUCAGUAACAACAGCCUGUUCCUCAGUUACCACCGCAACCCGCUGAUGGAGUAUCUCUCCAGAGGUCUCAUGGUCUCUCUGUCCACUGAUGAUCCUCUUCAGUUCCACUUCACCAAGGAGCCCCUGAUGGAGGAGUACAGCAUUGCAGCUCAAGUGUGGAAGCUGAGUUCCUGUGACAUGUGUGAACUGUCGAGAAACAGCGUCCUCAUGAGUGGAUUUUCACACAAGGCCAAAAGCUACUGGUUGGGCCCCAGUUAUUAUAAGGAGGGUCCUGAGAGCAACGACAUCCGUCGUACCAAUGUCCCUGACAUCCGUGUGGCGUACCGCAGCGAGACUCUGACAGAGGAGCUUCACCUCAUCAUUCACGCCGUGCGCACAGAAGAGCUGGAUGCCAUCGACGAGGAAGACUCCCUGACCAUGGGUCCUCUCCCGGGACAGCGCUGAAAUCAGUCACCCGGUCUUCUCCUGUAAAUCUCCAAUCCUGUGGUUCACUCAGCAUGACACUGAAGAGACGCAGUGUGACAGUAAUUCUGCCGUUCAGCCUAUUUAAAGCAUAAACACCACCAAACAUCUCUGUAGAAGUAUGCCGCACUCUGACAGCUACACAGCUACCAAAAAGCCAAGGAUACAGUGCUGCCAAAUCACUUCAGCUUCAACAUUCUUCGAUUUCUUGUGUUCCAGUUAUUCUUAUGUUGCAGGAAAAAGUCCCAAUCUUAUAUUAUUUUUAUUUCAAAUUUCCCCAAAUGUCCUUAACCUGUAACUUCUGUUUCUCUGUGAGUCUCAGUCAGUUUCAUGAAGGUUUGCAGGGAUCAGUAUCAGGGUUUUAUGUGAAUGAACAGCAGGAAAGCAGCAUGUGUUUGCAUCCCCACAUGUCCUGCCAAAGCCAUCAGAGGAUCCCUGUGAUGUUUUCUAUUAUUCAGUGAUAUGUUUUCAGAGUAGCAUCUUUGCAGUAUUUACAGAAACACUGACAACCAGCACAUUUAAACUCUUACCUUCAACUAUACAGCCAUGCUGCUUAAAUAUUCUUAGUGCAUCUAUCAUCUUUAUUGCACCACAGUGAAGGAUUACAGAUGCAGGUUUAUUGGAAUAGCACUCUGGAGUUGUUGGUGGAGGUUGGACAAACCUGCACAGCAAACUUUGACAGGUUUCAUGUUAUUAUCUAGUGAAUGCUGCAGCACUGAACAUUAGCCAUGUGUGCUGCUUGAUGUGGUUUUAAACUAUUUGUUUUGCACAUUUAGAAUCGAUCUUCCAUGAUUCUACUCAGAAAUAAGAGAGAAACUGCAUGGCAUUCAAGUUUAGAGAGAAGCAGACUUUCUGUGGUUGGCUGCAAACAUUCCUUGAAGCAAACGGGCCUCUUCAGCUGCAAAAUGAAAUGUUUUCCAGCACUUGUAGAUAAAGAGGAGAUGUGUGUUGUAGAUUUUAAUCACAGCACAAGUAAAUGUGGACGUAUUCUUGCCGUUACCUCACUGUGGCCAUGAAGCACUCUCUGUACUUCCUUAGGGCCCUGAUCACACUCAUUCCUUUUCCAGAGGGCAAACUAGAAAGCCAUGGAGGUUUUCCCCCUUUGCAUGUAGUGCACUGUGCGUAUGCACUAAGCCAAGAUUUCACAGUGCCUUUUCAUUUUGAGCUUCGAGCACUGCAUGUCCGGUUUUUCUCUUUGUCACGUGCAGCAAAAGCUGCAUACUUUCCCCUAAACAGUAGGCCUCUGUGCUGUUUGAGUCCACGCCGAUGGAACUGAAGCCACCCAGCUGCAUGCUCGGUGUCAAGUAGCUUUUACCUAUAAUGAAAAAGGUUAAUUUGUUUCUGGCUCUCUGCUUUUAAGUGCUUCUUUGCAUGCCUGCAUGACCAGUGGAUGGCCGGAGAGAAUGUGCUGUUUACAGUAAACUGUAACAUGAAGCAUCUUAACCAAUUCAGGGCUGCAGACCAGCUUUUGAUCCAGAAUCUGUUUGUGGCGGUGCAAACAGACGUAAACUCAGUGUUGUUCACCAUGUAGAAAUGAGCAAACCAUGCUGGGACAUGGUUAAGACUGUUGCAUGGAACCUUGUAGCAUUUUUUUUAAAACUCACCCCGAACCUGGUCGAAGCUGGCGUCACAUGCCUCAGAUCUUUGUAUCCUACACUCAUCACACCACAGUACCCAGCACUGGACGUGAUCCGACCUCCCAUCAAACUGUGAGCAUUCUUGUUAAACCGAGAUGAUCCUGUCGAGUCAUCUUUGAUGCCAAGACUAGAAGAGAAUGAAUCAGAAAAUGCCAGCCGCUAUUUGAAUAAUCAGCUGUAAAGUAUUAGAGUAAAUCUACGUCUGCUUCAUAGAUGAUUAGAAUAAACUAUGAGAAUCCAUCUUUGUUCUGCAAGAAUACCGUCGCUCUUAAGUGUGAAGGGACGCGCUGGAGUCGUUUGCUGAACACGAUGGAGUUUGUGUGAUUGUUGGAUUUCAUGUAUAAAGUGUAUUUUUUUAAAGGCAAUAUAGAGAUAAGAAAUUUUAUAUUCGCAACGAAUCAAGGUGUAACACUUAGUUUUGUUUCUGUUCAUUGUGGAUUUUCAUGAAAACAGAGUUUUUCGAUAUGGUUUUAUUACUGUUAGCCUUUUUAAUUUGUUGAAGUAAUUGGACAGUAUUUUAGAGUCUGCUCUGCCUGUUUGAAAUCACAGUAGCACAUUUUUUAUGCCCGAUAACUCACAAACAUAAUGUGUGUGAUAGAUACUUUAAAGCCAAAAGUGUGUGUUACCAGUAGCCAGUCAGACAACAACACAUAAAAAACUGACCCUUUUUCUACAUCACAUCAGUAGAGUUUACUUCUUCUGGUUUUGUCGACUUGUUUCAAAACACGCAUUGUGACAAUUUUGGUCCUUUCACGACCGAUGGUUAUAAUCUGCACUGACUCAUCAUCGUCUGCCUGUCUUUAUAAUUGCAGCAGCUUAAUUCUGUUAUUGGCCUUUUUAUAGUUUUAAUGUUUAAAAGUCAUCUUCUUUAUUGCUUUGUAACGUUUUGUGUUGAUUUUUGGGAAAGACUUUUUGAUGAAGUGUAACUCUGCUAUAGCAGUCUGAAGCUGAAAGGGCCUGAACCUUUUCUACCCAUUUACUUUCCAUCCAUCCACCUUUUUGUUUACUGUUUAUUAUGUCUACAACAUAGUGCACCCUACCUCACGAAUGCAGAUUUUGGCCUUUUGGGGUCCAGUUUUGUCCUCAGCAAUAGCAACGUCGUAUCUAGGGCCGCAAACUCAGCAUUAUAUUCAUCACUGAUUAGUCAAAUAUUAGUUGAAACAUUACAAAAAAAAUAGUAAAAAGUUUCCCACAGCACAAGUUAUUGUGUUCAAAUUGUUUGUUUUGCUCAAAAAUAUUUGGUUUAAGCUUUGAAUCUUUGAACUUGAGUUAAUUUUUUUUGUCAUUUCUGCUUGAAAAAUUAUUUAAAAUAUGAGUUCACUCAUGAUUGUUGUGGAAUAUUUCCUUUGGCGAUGAACCUGUUGAUGAAUUCCAGUGAAUAAUUGCACAUGAUGAAUGAUGGAGAGACAGAACAGCAGGAACCAUGACAACACUACCGAGUGUCCUCUGAGCAGUAACACUGUGACUAUUCAGCCAACACAAAUACACAUUCUUUCUUCAGACAUUAUUCACACAUUCAUCUGCAUAAAUAUUUUCUGGUAUCAUGUUCAGCUUGAUUUAUCACUUUGUACUAACUUCACAGUACUUAAAGUAUUCCGAUACUCACACUCGAUAUGUUUGCAUUUGCUAAGAAUUUUCUCCACAUGUAUUUUUGCUUUUUAUGCUCAUGUCACUUUUCUGAUGUGGGAUUUUUAUUUUAAAUUCUACAUAAUUUGAUGUCCAUUGAUCUGUAGCCAUAUUGCUUGAAAUGGACUGCCAGUGUUUUACAGAUUCAGAUGCUUCUGAUGAAGUUCACGUGUAAUGUCUAAACAACAAAUAAAGCAUGUUAAUUCACCUAA